UUUUUUUUUUUUUUUUUUUUUUUUUUGUAACUAAAAAAAGACAACACAACUUGAUAACGGCAAUAUGCAAACCACCAUUAAGCAAUCGAGUCUAUUAAAUUGGAUCAAUCUUCACUUCAGCCUUUCAAGUUUACAACAAUUAGCAGAGAUUCCAACACUUGUAUUAUUUAUUCAGUGCCUUUUUAAUAAUAAGUUGGAUUUAUUAAAUGAAGAUGAUAUUCCUUUAUUAUUGAAUGAAAUUAAUUUAACUAUACCUGUCUGUGAUAUUUUACCACAAAAUAUAAUUGAUAUUUCUGCCUAUUUGAAUGGUGAUCAGAACCAGAUCUUAACUCUCCUAGAGAAUUAUCUUUUACCGCUCAUAUGGCUCAAUUUAUACCCAAACAACUACAAGAUGUGAGAACAGUUGUCUUUUCAUGGUCAACAUUCAUCUUAGCUGACUAUGUUGGCGCGUCCUUAAUAUCACCUUUAGCCGACUUAUAUGUAUCAUCAUGGCAAUCAGGAAUAUAUCUAUUAGCAAUUAUUCAUUACCACAACCCAUCUCUUGUACCUGAUUUAUUUCAACAUCAUCAAUUAUCUACCGCUUUCCAAAUAGCCUUUGAAAAUUUUCAUUCACCCAUCUUAUUUGACCCAACAUUAGACGAUACAAAGGAUGAAUCUUCCAUGAUUGCAUAUCUCAUGGAGUUAAUACCUUGCAUGUAUACACCCACAAAAGACAAAACGAUACAACGUCAUCGUGAUAUUGAACGUUUCAAAAAUUCACGACAUCAUACUGCAGACGGUACAAGUACUACUUUUACGUCCACCUAUACAUUACAGCAGCUAAAAAUCACAAAGACAACCAUCCUAAGAUAUAGUGACGGCACAGAGAUACCAACUGAUCUGGAAGAAUUUGAAUCACGCGCUUCUGCUCUAAAUGAAAAACUAUCUGGAUUGCAACAUCGUUUGAUCUUGAUAGUGCCAACAAGGUCACUAAACUAUUCACCCUCUUCUGUGGAUUCGAUGGAUUUUUUCUUAACAGAUGAUAAUACAACGGCUUCUACAUCCAGGCAUCAUGACAAUAGUAGUCAUACCGGCAGCAUGAUGAGUGGUGAUGAUAUUCAAUUGAUGCAGCAACAAAUGGUCAGGGUGCUUCAUCCGCUGCAAGCCGCCGAAGAGGAUUAUUCGGCCUACGAUCGUAAUUUUAAAGCUUUGCAAUCUGAAUUUCAAGCACUUACGGACGGAGAUUUGAUAUUAUUGCAAACAUACAUGGCCGAACAAUUGAAACCAAUGUGGAGGGAUUAUCCAAAAGUAGUCUCACGUAAAACACAAUUAUUACAAUUACAUCAGACAUUGUCCAAUGAAUUCGAAAGAUCAGAAACUGUUCUGGCCAAUUUUAGAAGGGGUUUUGCAUUUGCUCGUAUGUGUUCCUCUAUUUCUCAUGAAUUAGAUCUUGUACAAAAUAAAAUGGUAAAGUCUAUUACUACGCAUCAUGAUAUUCAAGAACUCGAAAAUCAUAUGGAAAAAACAACCGAUAUGGUCGAUACACUGAAAACAAAUUUCAGUGAUUUCUUAAUUGCCGAUACAGAAGAUACAGACACUUCUUACAUCACAAAGUUCGAAUCCAUCUCCAGUAAAAAUAACUUGGUAGGUACUUGGGUGGAAGAAGUACGUGUUUGGUUUGCUGAGGCUGAACGUAUUAGACAAUGGAUUGAGAUCAGAAUCGAUCAACUCAAUAGUACCCCUUUACCGGAUCCACUCGUUUCGGAAGACUUGCCUGCCUCUCAUGAACAGGUCGAGGCGUUUAAUACUGCUCAUUCGUUGCUGGAAAAAGAAAUCGAAGCUUUUGAUAAGGAAGAUAUGGCUAGAUUAAGGUCACAUGUAAAGACCCUGACUGGUUCCGGUCGAGCCGACAAGGAUCUAAGUCCUGCUGACACAACAACAAUAGAAAUUACGCUCACUACUCUCACUACACUGGAUAAGCUCAUACAUUCACUUCGCAGGAAGAGCUAUGACUUACAAGUAUUAACUCAACGUGUGUUAUGGGAGGAGGAGUACGUUAAAGCGAUUGAUUGGUUGAAAGAAACAGAUGGACAAGUGGAUGACUUUCUUAAGUCAAGUGCUCGUUGGACAGUAGCAGAAGAAGAAGUGGUCGAGGAUCACAUGAAACGUGAACGUUUAAUGGCAAAGGAGCGACAGAAGGAAAUUAUUGUGCAACAACUCUUGACAUUAGAACGAAAGAUGGCUGAGUUCGAUCAAGGUCAGUUUACUAAAACCGUGGAUAGUUUUCAAGAUUUGGAUAGCACAUCAUCUGUUGAAUUACCACGUCAUUUGGAGUCGAGACAAGACGGCUGUGAGGAGUUUUUUGAUGACCUGAUGAAACGAAUGACAUUUGCUAGACAUGUUGUUGAACAACGAUUAAAUGUGAUGGAUUUCUUAUAUCAGACAGAUAUGGUUAUGGAUGACACCAAAUCUUUACAAUUAGAUCUUAUGGAUGCGGAAACAAAAGCCCAUCCGGGUGAUAAUGACCGAGAAAUGACGGCACGUGUCCAAAACAUGCAUGAGAGAAUCGUACAACUUGUUACAUCUACUGCGGGUCGUAUACGCUAUCCUGUGCCUGGAUUGGAUAUUGAUCAAGCUCCCAAUACCGCUGCCAAUGAAGAAAUUCAGGGUGUCAUCACAUCAAAGCGUAACGAUCUCAUCAUGCUGAGUGAAGACUUGGAUGAACGGUUACAUACUUUUCGAAACAUCUUACAGUUACAUCGGCGUUCAAAAGAAUAUUUAGACGAUGCAGUUCGUCUUUGUGAUUGGGCUGAUGAACGUGUCAAGACCAUCCGAAAAGCUAAAAUUAAUCAUCAUGAAACAAGUUCUUUUACGGUAGAGGAUCUGCAGCGGCUUGAGCGAGAUCGGGACAAUAUUGUUAGUAAACUCAAAAACGGCAAGGAGAAUGAAGUGGUAGAUUUGUUGACCCGGAUACAAUUACUUUUGGAAACAGGUCAAAAAUUAGACGUUUCAUCCUUGGACAAAGAAGGGCUAGUGGAAGUAUCUCAGCAACUGGAGGAAAGAUUCGAUCGAUUACAGCAGAUACUGGAAGAGCAUGGCUUGGAUCUAGAGCAGCUUCGUAAAAAAAUGGAGGACGGUAAUACGUAUUUUGAGAAUGCUCGCUCACUACGUUCAUUCAUGAACGAAACUCGUCAUUCAAUGCCAGGCUUAAAACAAACGUGUGGUUUCAUGACGGGCCAAUCAGAAGAACAAGAUAAACGUAGAUUCGAAAUGUUGCGCCAUUCAUUAAACAAAAUCAAUACCAGUUACAAGGAUCAACAAGCCCAAUUUGCUCAAUUAUGUUCUCAUUUUGCUCUGAUGGAACCUUCUAAAGUGGAAAACAUGGAGGAAAUUCGUGUUAUUCAGCAAUCUCUGGAAACGGAUUGGAUUUCACUUGGUAAAGAAAUUGGUGAUCUCGACCUUUUUUCGCAGACUGUGGGUGAGUGGUACGAUCGUCAACGUCGCUUGAGUAUGGUAGAAAACGAUUUGAUUGUAGGUGUCAAUGAAGAUAUUGCUCGUUUGGCAAAACAAGGCUGGUCUGAUCCUGACUUGCAGGUUCUUCAAGAAAAAAUCGAUAGAGCCUCCAGUCAUUUGAAAGAGACGGGUGAUGCUAUUCAUGCGGCGGAUAAUAAAGAAGAUCCUCUUCAAACAGCUAAUUAUUCUUGUGCUCGUGAUAGACAUACCUUCUUGACAAACAAGGUGCUUGCUGCCUCAAAUAACUUGAAGGCUCUCCAAAAUAAUGCAAACAAGGCCAUGGCUUACAGUGCUUUCCUCAGUGAGGCGGAUAAGAUACUUGGUAAAGUUCAGUAUCAAAAAGAAUACAUUGGUCGGCGUAUGGGUACUGCAGGUAUGAGUGGAUUCUCUUCUCAGCCCAUGAACUCGAUUGAUACCUUAUACAAGACCACUCAAGCAGCAAGUCUGGGUUCUGAAAAAGAUGCUCAGGAACUUUUGAAGCAACUGGAUGUUCUUAAAGCUAUCGCAAAGGAGCUGGAAUCCGAGGGAUAUGACAGUGCUUCUGUUCAGGAACCUAUUAAACGUAUUCAGGGUAGCUUAGAUCAGUUAUCAAAUACGAUUGGAUUGGAAAAAAAGCAAGCGGUAUUCAUUCGAAAGAUUUAUAUCCAUGCCAAGGCUGCCAAUGACUUGCAAAUAUGGGUUGAUCACUGCUCCAAUGCUAUUGUAAAUUUGCCUACUGAUGUCUGCAUGAAUGAUGAGCAUGAACUAGCGGCUGAAUUAGAGAACUUGGAUCAAAAGAUUAAUGAGAUGAGACCUACCAUUCAAGCUUUUGAAGCUAUGGAGUCUCGCAUUUUUGCUGAAAAAGAUGGCUCUCCACUUGAUCUUUGUGAAAUCAGUCUAGAUCGUAAUGAAGUCAAGGAUUCUGUUCGUGAUCGUGAAGCUGGUCUUUUGAAAUCAUGGGAAGACUUGAAGAGACAACAUCAACAAGCUCGAUUUUUGCUGGAUAAUUCAAAACGGGGCGUAGAAAUUGCUCGCAAGGUCAAGGCUAUUUUAAUGCAAGUAGGUGAUAUGAAGGACCGUGUCAGUGCUGUCCGUAUUUGUCGUAACACUCAUCUGGAUGAUGGUAUCGAAAAUCGGGAUCUCAAGACCGUUUUAAGUUGCCCACUUACUUCAAUCCCUACUGAACAUCGAUUAGCCUCUGCAAAAGCUGAAUUAACCAUUUUGGAUCGCGAUAUGGAGACUCAUUUACAGCCUUCCAUUCAAGAAUUAGAUGCCAUGUUAAAUGUCAUUAGUCAACAAAGUAACGAUGAUAUAUUUUCAGGACAACGCACCGAAAUUACCGUUGCUGUACGUGGAUUAAUGGAUUUGAUGAAGACCAAAAGAAGAGCAAUUGCCGAGGCGGAAAAGAUGGAGGGAUUUUUGACUGUCAUGGAGGAGCUGGAAGUUCUAUUACUUGCCUUGACAGAAGUUGUAUCCCGUGCUGAUCCUUCAAAUGCUCGUAUUGUUGAUGGAAACUAUAGUCGUACUGACUUGCAAGCAUUGUUAAUUGAUCUCGAUACUCGUUAUCGUUACUAUGAACCUAAAAUCAAUGAUCUCCUGGAUGAGUCAAAGAUUGUCGCCGAAAACCUUAUGGAUGAUCGUCGUGUAGUUGAUUGUAUCAAGCAGCUCUCAGAUAAAUGGGCUCAAUUGCAAUCUGAAGCCGCUGCCAAGAAGGCUGAUCUGAUGGCCAGAAUUGGUCCUCUCGGAGAUACAUUUGAUGCUUUACAUACUACUGAAGGUAUACUUCAAGAAAGAGGAAGAAAAGCUGCCAGUUUGGUGAAAAAGACCUCGACACCGGUUUUAAAACAACCACCCAGUCCCAAGACAAUGCAAUCUACUCCGCGCUAUAUGACAGGUUAUAAUCGCACUACAAAGCCUAGUUUCACUUCAACAAAUACCCCUCCCAUGAGUGCCGCUUCUGCUACUGCAGCACGAACCAGUACAAGGAGAACAACAGCUGGGUCUAUUUCUCCUACUGCUAGAAGAGUUGCUGCACGCCAGGUCGCGGCCCAAGAAAGUCGCCAACGUGUAACAGUGAAGACACCCGAGAAUUAUGUUUCUGAUCCUAAAAACGAUCUUGAUGUAGCACUUGGGGAUAUCCUGAAUGACUCGCCGUACAAGAUUCAAGUCAAGAUGGUUCCUGGUGAAGUUGGUAAAUACUGGUUUGGUAACAUAAAUCCAAAGCUCGCGUAUUGCCGUAUCUUAAGAAGUCGAAUGGUGAUGGUGCGAGUAGGUGGUGGUUGGGUUGAGUUAUCUCAGUUCUUAAGAGACCAUGCUCUUUUGGAAGGUGGCAAUUUUGUCUCGGGAAGAUCCAGGUUACCCACUUCUGGUGGUAGUGUAACACGCGAUGGUUUUUUGAAUACGACAGUUGGUCGAAAUGCCCCCCGUGUGACAAUUCGCGGUGGCAAUGGAAAUACGCCAACUUUAAGAGAGUCUCGUUCAACACCCUUCCAUCGAGGUAUAUCCCCCGUUCCUACUUAUGGUCAUGGCAUCAAAGCCGGUAACAAGUUCUUGGUAACGGUUGAUGGUGAUGGUAAUCGAGUGGAAGUAAAAAUGACAAAAGCGAAAAGUAAAGAUUCUAAAUUUACUACUCCUCGCCGAGUUAAUAUUUAAACUAUAUAUAUAUACUUUUUUUUUGUACAAUAAUAAAACUUUUUAAAAUAAAUAAUACGCAAAUGCUUGUAGUGGCGCAUUCGUUCUUUAGACAACCGCC